GAGCUACCAAGACCAGAGGGGCAAGGAGAGCAACAGAGGAGGUAAGCAGGGGAGCCUGGAGGCGCUAAAUCUCUGCACGAGGAACUGUCAGCCAGGUGUGUCACGCUGCUGUUACCUGCAGACUUUUUUUUUUUUUUUUUUUUUUUUUUUUUUUUUUUUUUAAAGCAUUGUCACAAGCUUCAGGAGGAAAGAAGAUCAGUUGUGGACCUCUUCCAUCUCCUGACAGACUGCUUUAUGAAUGCUGACCUGCAUCGUUUCUGGCGUCCUUCCUUGGAUCUCGCAGCUUUUCCAGCCACUUUGCAAGAGCCUGGAUGCACCGCUCAGUGUGAGAAACAGCAGGGCAGAGCGAGGGAGGGGGAGAGAAUAUUGUCAUCCAUCUCUAGUACCCACCACCCCUCCAAACACACGGCCCACCCUGAGCUUUGAGCGCCCCUCCUCCCUGCCUCUUCUCUUGCCCCCCCCCGACCCUACUACUACUACUCCACCCCACCCUGCCCCGCCCCAACUCCCCCCCUCAACACCUCACCCCCCAACAGAGCAGAAAGCGUGAAAAAUCUCACUAAUGGGUUUAUUUGCUGUCAGAUCUGCGCCGAUCUGUCAUUCCCUUGGACCAUUCUGCUUGACACAUUUCAUAGUUGAGUAAGCCUCCUGGCUCUCUGGCUAGACUUAACAGUGCCCCCGCGACGCUGCGCUGGCUGAGAGCUCAUCAAGAGGGGAGCAAACGGCGGCAGCAGUCAGUCUGACAGUCUCUUGGACAGGGAGUCCCUGAAGCUGCAUUCCUCCACUCUGAUUUUUUCCCCCUUCUGUGUGUGUGUGUGUGUGUGUGUGUGAGCCUUGUGGGCAUCCUCAGCUUCUGUCUAACCGCAGGAACGGUCCUCCCUCAGAAGAUUUAAGGCCGUUUCUGCAGGGAUCCUAGUGCUGAUUGAAAAAGAGUGUGAAGAUGUGGUGUGGGGCCGGGCCUCUGGCUGUGGUGGCUGCAGUGUUUUGGACUCAGUGUGUCCUCCUGGAUGGGGUGGAUGCUAAGAAGGAGAGAAAGAGGCCAAAGGAGGCCACUCCGCAGCAAACAGAGACGCACAAUGCAACUCUAUCCAACAGCGAGGAGGUCGGCGGGAGCAUCAAGGUUUCUGAUCACCAGAGGGUGGAUCCUCUCGGGUCGUGGAUGGACUUCGUCAAACGACCGGUUGGAAACUUUCCUGGAAAGUGUCGCAAACGCAAACGACCCCUGCCAGGCCCACCUGGACCACCGGGGCCACCCGGCCCCCAGGGACCCCCCGGCUCACCGGGGGCAGAAGUGACCCAGGAAGUCCUUCUCCAGGAAUUCAAAGAGAUGAUUAAAGAGGCGACAGAGAGGAGGGCUGCAGCCCUGGACAGACCGAGCAGCCCCAGCCAGCUCCCGACAGCCCUCCUCACCCUGGAGGGGGUGACCUCCUACCGCCGGAUAGAGGAGGCUUUCCACUGCAAGCUGAAAGGACCCGUGGUGGUGGACAAGAAGACUCUGGUGGAGCUCCAGAACUUCCAGACACCGCCCGCUAAAGGAGCCUUCCUGCGAGGGUCGGGAAUGGACCAGUCGACGGGGAGGUUCACAGCUCCAAUCACCGGCAUCUACCAGUUCUCAGCUAAUGUACACAUCGAUCACAACGAGGUGAAGAGGAGCAAGAGCCAGCUCAAAGCGCGGGACAACGUCCGCGUGUUGAUCUGCAUCGAGUCGCUCUGCCACAGAUACACUUCGCUGGAGAUGAUCGUUGGAUUAGAGAGCAACAGCAAGAUCUUCACCGUCAGUGUGCAGGGGCUGCUGGAGCUUCAGGCUGGACAGUACACCUCCAUAUUUGUGGAUAACGCAGCCGGCGCAUCCAUCACAAUACAGAACGGCUCUGACUUCAUGGGCAUGCUGCUGGGCGUAUAGCCUCCACCCGAGUCUUGUUUUAUCUCUUUCAACGGACUAUUUCUGAGAUCCAUCACACAGGGCCGAGCCACAGAGAGGGCUGCAAAGAAAGAAAGCACGGCCGACGCUGACCGGACUGCUGGUCGGAUGGUGAACGGACAGCGUGAAGAACUUCGCGGACUGAGUUUGUUUUUCACAGCGCACCG